GUUUAGUUUCCAGGUUGGGUUCAGUGCAUUAUUUGAUCAUAUCGCUGUCUUUCCUCAGAGGCUCCGCUGAUUGGGCGGAUUAAUUCGCGUGCAUCUUGAAGCGGCGUGUGCACGCGCUCUCGCCUCUCACCGUCUCAGCGCGCGACAUAUGGGCAAGCGAAUUUAAACCGCAACAAUAUCGAUACAGUCCAACGAUCAGGAUCCUCGUCCGCGUUCGCAUCCCGCGCGGAAAACUUCGCGGGAACUUCGCAGGCACGAUUUACGGAUUUUACGAAUUCUUCAUCUCGAGCACGGGAGACGACAAUAAACAGCAAACGCGCUGCGUUUCAUAAAAGGGAUUGCAAUGUUUCCGACCAAGGCGAUGAUCUUGGUGCUUCUUUUCUUUGGCUGCGCAGUUUCUCUGCAGGUCGAUAUUACACCUGCGCAGGGUGAGAUCAGUGUUGGAGAGUCUCGAUUCUUUUUGUGUGAAGUUAUCGGCGGGGCCAAGGAAAUCGAUUGGUUUGCUCCAACCGGUGAAAAGAUUGAGCCAGGCAGACUGGAUAUCAGCGUGAUUCGCAAUGACGAGACUUCCUCCACUCUCACCAUCUAUAACGCAAAGGUUGACAAUGCCGGCACAUACAAAUGUAUGGCCAGCAGUGGUGAUCGGGAAGCUGAGGCCACCGUCAAUCUGAAGAUAUACCAAAAAAUCACCUUCACAAACGUCCCAUCACCUCAAGAGUACGAAGGGGACAAUGCCAUUAUAGUGUGUGACGUCAUAAGUUCACCUCCGCCCACCGUCCUCUGGAAAUACAAAGGUGCAAAGAUCCAGUUUGAAAAAGAUGUCCGUUUCAGGACUUUGAAUAACAACCAUCUCCAAAUCCGAGGCAUCAGAAAGACAGACGAGGGUGUCUACACUUGUGAGGGCCGCAUUAAAGCCCGUGGGGAGGUUGACUUCCGGAGCAUUAAAGUGGUUGUUAAUGUCCUGCCCACUAUACGAAUCCGUCAAGCGGAAACGAACGCCACCGCUGACAUGGGCUUCUCAACACUGCUGGCCUGUGAUGCUGACGGAUUUCCUGAGCCGAUGGUGACCUGGGCACGGAACGAUGUUCCACUGAAGAAUGGCGAUAAAUACAGCUUCAAUGAAGACGGCUCUGAGAUGACAAUACUAGAUGUGACAAAGCUGGACGAGGGGGAUUACACAUGCAUUGCUAAGAACAAAGCUGGGGAGAGCGAACAAGAACUUAGCCUUAAAGUCUUUGUGCAACCCAAAAUCACAUAUCUAGAAAGCCAGACCACCACAGAAAUGGACGAGCAGGUCACGUUAACAUGUGAGGCCACCGGAGACCCCACGCCCACCAUCACAUGGAGCUUCGGCACCAGGGUCUUCACCGAGGGAGAGCAGAGUCCUGAUGGUGAUGUGUUGGUCCGCAGUGACGCCCGCGUGUCUUCUCUCACCCUGAAGUACGCUCAGUACACCGACGCCGGCGAGUAUCUCUGCACCGCCCGCAAUGCCAUCGGAGAAACGGCGCAGCCCGUGUAUCUGGAAGUGCGCUACGCCCCGAAAAUCCUGGGCUCAGUAACGGUGUACACGUGGGAGGGCAACCCGGCCAACAUCAGCUGUGAAGUGCUGGCUCACCCCAGCGAUGUGUCGAUUACGUGGCAGCGAGACGGUUUCCAGCUGCCUAACGCUAACACCUCCAAUAUCAAGAUCUACAACACGCCUUCAGCCAGCUACCUGGAGGUCAAUCCAGAGUCUCAGAGCGACUUUGGCAACUACAACUGUUCUGCCUCCAAUGAGAUCGGGACCGAAUCCAAAGAGUUCAUCGUGAUCCCAGCUGAUGUGCCCUCGGCGCCGUCCAUCACUCAAGUGCAGCCGUACUCCAGCACGGCUCAGGUGCUUUUCGAGGAGCCCGAGUCCACUGGAGGAGUUCCUGUGCUCAAGUACCGAGCCGAGUGGAGAGCCGUGGGCCGAGGGAAAUGGGCGCAGCGAGUCUACGAGGUGAAAGACGGACUGAGUUCAGUCACGGUCACCGGCCUAAAACCCGAAACCGAUUACGAAGUCAAGAUGUCUGCCAUCAACGGCAAGGGCGAAGGCGACAGCAGCCAGUCACUGGUCUUCAAAACCGAGCAUGUCCGAGAACCAAGUCCUCCUAUACUAGAGGGCACCCUACAACCCAAAGGCAAUUCUCUUAAAGUGAAAUGGACCAAACAAGACGACGGAGGGUCACCAAUCACCCAUUAUUUGGUCAGAUACAAAGCUAGGGAAGACUCUGACUGGAAGCCCGAGAUCCGUCUGCCCAACGUGAGCGAGUACGUAAUGCUGAUCGGACUGGAGUGGGACACCGAGUAUGACGUGUUUGUGGUGGCAGAGAAUCAGCAAGGCAAGUCCAAGCCCGGCACUCUGACCUUCAGAACUUCAUCGGAGCCUGCAGCAACCACAGACUCCAUGGAAGACGGGCCGGGCCUGAACACUGGAGUAAUUGUUGGCAUUCUCAUCCUGGUGUGUGUGCUGCUCUUGCUGAUCGUGGACGCCACCUGCUGCUUCCUCAACAAGUGUGGCAUCCUCAUGUGCAUCUGCGGUAAACCCGGGCAAGGCACCAAGGGCAAAGACAUAGAGACAGGCAAAGCUGCCUUUGUUCAAGAUGUGUCUAAAGAGCCCAUUGUAGAAGUGAGGACAGAGGAAGAGGCCACAGCCAAUCACGACGCAGAAGGCCAUCCUGAGCCCAAUGAGACCACGCCGCUGACCGAACCAGAGCAAGUGACGGAAACUGCCGCCGCGGUGGUGGACUUGCCUCUCUCUGUGCCCACUAACUCAGACACGGUCACUGACACCUUUGACCUUAGCCAGAGCAGCCCAGUUAGCGAGAGCACCACCCUCACCUCCAGCAUCACGGCGCCUCCCUCUGACCCUCUUAACCCCGCCCGAACGACUCCGCCCAACAGCAGCACGCCCAAAUCUCACACCAAACCCUCCAUCACGUCCACCCCGUCUCCCGACCCGGCUAGCGUUACUCUCCUGGUAGACCUGGGUGAUUCCCCAGAGCCACGAGCUGAGGUUCCUCCGACGGUCCCUUCAGAAGAACCUUCCCCUCCCAGCGUCGUCCAACCAGAUGCUAUAAACUCAAAAGUCACAGAAAACGAAUUUGAGUCGCCCGAGUCUCAUGCCGCUUUAAAUCCCAUCAGCCCACAGGGCAGCGCCGCGAUCCCCUUAGUGAAUCAUGAACAUGUGAUUGAUGGAGAGCUCCCACUGGCUCCAGACACAGACGUCCCUCGGGAUGGGUCACAUGCUGUGGGGACAGCUGGCUCCAGUGGCCCAUCUGUUCCAGCGCAGGACGAGAAAACAGUGGAUGAGGAGAAGAGCACGAGUGAGCUGAAGAAAGCUGCGCGGGACGCUGGAGCAGAACCCAACGCCGUCACGCAAACAAACGCCACCGAAAGCAAAGCGUGAGGAGAGUGGAAACGUGUUUGUUUAACAGUGCCCUUAAUGAAUUUUCUGAACAAAAUGGUACAUCUGCAGACAGACGUUUUCAUUUCUGAUGUAUGUACGCAUUUUUUUUUCUUUUCUUUUUGUUAAUUUGAUCAAGUUUCUGUAUCACAGUCAAAACUUCAUACACUUCAGAGAUAUCCUUACAGAGCUUCUCGUGUUUCUCUGUACAUUCUGUCGUUUUUAAAGCAGGGCAUCAAGUUAUUCAGGAGAAUGAUUUAUUCGAACCAUUUAUUUACAAAGUACAUUGUUAAAAUGUAAAUGACUUCUCCUAUUUUUUUAUCUUGAGUGUUUGAGGGCUAGGUUCGACGUGUUGUUAGUUUUGUGUUUUAUUAUAUUUUAUCAUGUUUUAUUUACACUUGCCUGUUGGAUGAUAACUCGUUAUGGCGGUUACGUAAAGACAAAAAAAUAUCGUAAGAUAUUUUAACAUGCUGAAUGUCUGAUAAAGAUUUCAAAUAAGCCAUUUGGUUCGCUACUGAAGUCUUCAUUAGAUGCGUUUUUACAAUUAUCGUGCGUUUCUAAUAUUCGGGAUUUAUACGUUAAACCAUUCUUCCAACGUGCUCCUAAAGCAUUGACUUACGCUAAAAUAUCUGCUCAUUUUUAUACCUUGUACCUCUGGAAAUGUUUCGCACCGUCACCUGCAAGCUUGUGCACUGUGAUCGUGUUACCUUUUAUUUUUUUUUUUCUUCGAGAAAAUUUGCAUAGUUUUUGCAGCAACUGCCGAUUGUCCUUUUAUAACGCGACGUAUGUUAACGGUCCUGCGUGAAAGUGGACUGAUGGGACGCGUGGCUCUGAGAAGAGUUCUUAUAUCAUCACUCAUUGCAUGACUGUCUGCUUGCCCGUGUCUGACGUUAAAACAAAGACUGGCCUGAACUGUUUACGUAUCGGUUUGAGGCUGUCCGGUUGGAGGAAUAGUGAAGAUUGUCGGUUAUUUUGAUUUUAAUGCUUUCUAUAAUGUUUGAGAGAAUGAGAGAGGGUUUCGUUUUCCCGUUGUACACAAGUUGUUCAGUUGUUCACUGCCAGAUUGCCCCAAAACUGUAAAUUGUUUCAUGUAUUUGGGGACUUGACCCAUGAAAUAGCAGUAUAAUGGGUGAGCUUUACUAUGAUAAGCAAAGAACAUGUUGUAAAUUGUGUUGCUCUAACACAUUUUAAUUAAACUCAUUAAAACAUGAA